ACACGAAUUUAGCAGAACAACAAAGCACCAUAACCUCGACACACGAGCCGGCCCACUAGGGGAACAAAAGAUUUCCUGCAAAUAGCAUUCUGUACCUUAUUUGCAGGAAUUCCUGCAAGUAAGGUCAUCAGCGCUAUUUGUAGGAAAUUCCUGCAUAUAGACACGCCCCAAAUUCACUCUGUUUAGGUUACUAAUGUCAUGCUGUGAUUUUCAGGUUAUGAUUCACUGUACAAAAUGUCCCGGGCCUCUAAAAUCAUGGAGCUGUUGCCUCCACCACCUGAUUUUCCAAAUAUUAGAAGAUCAGUCAUGAGCAGGGAGAACCUUGCUCUCUUAUCACCAAUGAGUAACCCAGUAUGUAGUAACGAGAAAGUUAGAGCAACUACCAAAUCCUACAUCAAAGGUAUUACAAAGAAAGAGAAAACCUGGAAAUUCCUCAGGUCAAAAGGUUGUAAAAGUGGUCAGCCUAUCCAGCAAGUGAAAAACACAACUAAAACAGAUUCUAGUAAAAACAUCCCAAAGAAAAAUAAACCUAAUGAAAUGAAAACAACAUCAGUUCAGGCUCCAAAAUCAACAUCUCAUCAAAAGGAGAACAAGCCUAAGAACACUAAGUGCCGUGUCUCAGAGUUCUGGAAGUAAAAAACAGACCAAGACUCAAGAAUCUAAAACAGUUGAGCCCGCUGCAAAGGCGCCAGCAAAGAAGGAUCUGGUUACGAAGCUGUCAGACUUAACCAAACUUCUCACGGAUGUGCCAAAUGAGAAACUUAACUCCACUUCAGCUAAA